CACGCUGUCCCAGCCGUAGAAGGGGAGCAGAUGCCCGGUGUCCCCAGCUCGCCGCCUUCCUGCAGACUUUUUAUCCCUUGAAUUUCCUCCCUGGGGCUUCGUGGGCUGCUCCGGCCGCCGCUCACGCCACUGCGGCGCCUUGGGAACGGGGAGAAAAGGAGCCCGUGACAAAAGCCUGCCUCGCUCUGCCGCGCUGGGGGACGGCGGCCAGCCCCCUCUCUGGAGCCCGGCCACCGUCACCGGGCAGGGGGGAAUCGUCCCUCGCUCCGGAGCCGUGGGGCUGAAUUCAAAUGAUCCGGCCCGAGCCGAAAAAGCCCCUGGCUUGGCUCUGGCAGUGCCGGCCAGGGCACAGGAUGGCCUCAGCCCUCCCGCUGCUGCUGCUCUGCGCCUUUGCCCCCGCGGCGGUCCCGGAGGUGCUUGGCCCCGGAGAUGGCACAGAUGACCUCAAGGCGCUGCAGGUCUCCAUCCCGCGGCACCCGGCCCUGGACGCCGUGCUGGCGGGGGACGUCACCAUCCCCUGCCUCAUCACCUACCUCGGGCCCCUGCCCACUGCCGGCACGGCCGGGCGCAGGGCGGUGCUGGGCGCCCCCCGGGUCAAGUGGACCUUCAUCUCCGAGGGCAGGGAGGUGGAGAUCUUGGUAGCACGGGGGGACAGGGUGAAGGUGAGCGAGGACUAUCGCCUCCGCGCCUCCCUGCCCAUCUUCCACCAGCGGUACACCAACGCCUCGCUGCUGCUCACCGAGCUGCGCCCCAACGACUCGGGGAUUUACCGCUGCGACGUGCAGCACGGCAUCGAGGACGGCCACGACAUCCUCGACCUCAGAGUCAAAGGGGUUGUGUUUCACUACCGCGAGGGCUCCAUGCGCUACGCCUACACCUUCGCCGAGGCGCAGGAGGCUUGCGCCAGGAUCGGCGCCCGCAUCGCCACCCCUGAGCAGCUGUACGCCUCCUACCUGGGCGGCUACGAGCAGUGCGAUGCUGGCUGGAUCGCCGACCAGACCGUCAGGUACCCCAUUCACACGCCCCGUGAGGCUUGUUAUGGAGACAUGAACGGCUUCCCUGGGGUGAGGAACUACGGGGUGGUGGACCCGGAGGACAUGUACGACGUGUACUGCUACGCCGAGGACCUGCCAGGGGAGAUCUUUUUGGAGACGGCCCCAGACAAAUUCACGCUGGAGGAGGCGGAGGCGCGCUGCCGGGCGCGGGGCGCGGUGCUGGCGAGCCCGGGGCAGCUCUACGCCGCCUGGAGCGCGGGGCUGGACGCCUGCAGCCCCGGCUGGCUGGCCGACGGCAGCGUCCGCUACCCCAUCGUCACCCCGCGGGAGCGCUGCGGUGGGGCGCUGCCCGGCGUCAAAACCAUCUUCCUCUUCCGCAACCAGACGGGGUUCCCCGAUGCCCAGAGCAGAUACGAUGCGUACUGCUUCCGAGAAGGGACAAACUCUAUCCCUGAGGCCGCAGGAAAAUACGGAGCCAGAGAGCCCGAGGGCCUCCAGGAGAUUGUUACAGUGGCAGAAAAGCUGGAGGAGCUGCAGCUGCCCAAAGCGCAAGUGGAGAUUGAGUCGCGAGGGGCUAUUUACGCCGUCCCUUUCUUUAAGGACGUGGCUGACGCUGAGCUGGAAAAGCCGAGCCUGUCCCCCGAAGACGCCCCGGGGCCGGGGGCCUGGCACCCCCCGCUAGCUACCUCCGUGUCCUCAGCUCGAGGACGUCACCCAACCUCUGCCACCCCUUUCCCCAUGGCCCCGGCCGUCCCCGAGGCAGGCGUCCCGCUUAGCUGUGGUGCAAAACCGGGGAGCCCGUCCCCUGCAGACGAGGAAGGGGCGACAGGGACGGGUGGAAAGUGCGCAGAGGCCGGGCGAGAGCCGUCCCGCACGGGGGAGGAGGGAGCAGCGCUGGAGCGGCCGCUGGGCUCCGCACCGGGCAGGGACCCUGGGAACACCGCAGCAGAGAGCCUGGGGGGACGGCGAGACCCCGGCCAGCCCACGGAGCCAGACACAGUGGGAGCAGAGGGACCCUCUGACGCCCCGUCCCCGGCGGUGGCCACAGCAGAUAGCCAAGAGCCAGCCCCCGGGCCGCACGGCCGCGGGUCCGGUGGGACGAGCAGCCCCGUCCCUGCCGCGGGGGCUGCCGAGGACGCCGAGCUGUCCGGAGACGUGGCCGAAAGCCCCCGGGGGGCGUCCCCGCUGCCCCCCUCACAGCUGCAGGAGGACGGCGAGGAGCAGUCGGGGGCCCUGUGGCUCCCCUCGCCCACGGCCCCAGGGGACGGGGGCACGGUCCCCGCGGCGGAGGCGACGGUGGUCACCCUGUGGCACACCGAGGUGCCCGGCAGCAGCGACGCACCGGCCACUGGACACGAGGCUGUGCCACAAACCCCGGGCACUGGAACACCCGCUGCGUCUUCGGAAGAAGAGGAGGAGAAGAAGGAAAAGGAAGAGGAGAAGGAAGAGGAGGAGGAAGAGGAAGAGCGACCCAUGCCCUCUGUCGCAACCGUGGAGGGUUUCCUUGCAGCCGUUCCCGGAGAACCAGGUGGCUGCGUCCCCAACCCCUGCCUCAACGGAGGGACCUGCACCGAGGACGGCGCCCGCCUCGCCUGCCUCUGCCUGCCCGGCUACGGAGGGAGCAGCUGCGAGAGACCACUGAAGAGGUGCAGCCCCGGCUGGGACAGCUUCCAGGGAGCCUGCUACAAGCACUUCUCCACCCGGAGGAGCUGGGAGGACGCGGAGACGCAGUGCAGGCACUACGGGGGGCACCUGGCCACCAUCCUGACCCCCGAGGAGCAGGACUUCAUCAACGACCAGUACCGGGAGUACCAGUGGAUCGGCUUGAACGACCGGACCAUCGAGGGGGAUUUCCAGUGGUCCGACGGGAGCCCCUUGCUCUACGAGAACUGGCACCCCGGGCAGCCCGACAGCUACUUUCUCUCCGGGGAGAACUGCGUGGUCAUCGUGUGGCACGACGGGGGGCAGUGGAGCGACGUCCCCUGCAACUACCACCUCUCCUACACCUGCAAAAUGGGGCUGGUGCAGUGCGGGCCCCCCCCCGCCGUCAGCAAUGCCCACGCCUUCGGCAAAGCCAAGCCGCGCUACGAGGUCGGCUCCACCGCCCGCUACCAGUGCCGCCGCGGCUUCGCCCCGCGCCGCUCGCCCGUCGUCCGCUGCCGCGAGGACGGGACGUGGGAGCGGCCCCAGCUCUCCUGCCGCCCUGGGCUGGCUCAGCACCCCGGCGACUGAGCGGGUCCCCGAGGCAGGAGGCUCCCCGGUGGAUGGGGACGGCACCGGGACGCCAGCACGGGCACCGGCGGGGCGAGGAGCCUGCCCUGUGGGUGCCCACCCUCUGCUUGUUUUAUAUCUGUACAAAGAAACCCCGAUAACUAAAGAUCCCCUGAAAAGGA